CAACAGAAUGAGAUCGCCAGCAGUCCUGCUCUUGUUCAUUGGCCUCAGCCAGGCCGAGCAUAAGGCCACCGACAAAGGUCCACACACUAACUGCACCUUGGAGGAGUUGCCAGUCUGCGGCUAUAAACCAUAUUCAGGCGGCCGUACCGUGUGCACCUUCCUCAACAUGUGCUUCUUUGACGAAUUUCUUUUAGCCACGAACAAAGAUUGGCGCUUGGAGAGCAACGAGCCCUGCCAGUGGCCGACAAGGGACUGCUAUCGAAUAAUGGAAGAAAUAGUAACUAAAACACCAAAAAUAACUACCCGAAAAAUGAAGAAGCAUCACAAGCAAGGAGCACACAAAAAUGCAACAAAGUUCCAUUCAAGGGGCCAAAAGCGUCACAGGACAACAGUCCAAGACACUCUGAAGAUGCAAAGCACAAGACGAACCACCGAAGAGACGAGUACAAGACGACAGUUAGUGGAGGUCACAGAGGAGCCGAAAGUCACGAAGGAUGCUAGUUGGCACUUAAAUCUAAGGAACAGGAAGCACUUCCUGACAGAACCGCCCAUGACCGUAAUUAGGGAUGGGAGGCAGUCCCAUACGAGAGGCAAGACUCAUCACAGGACAGAGUCCCAUCCAAGAGGCAAUAAUCAUGCCAAGAAACGAGAACAACAUGAUGUAAGGGAGACAUUGUUUGAAUAAAACCUACAUGGGUUCCGGGAAAUAUCUCUUGAUUCG